AUGAAUGGACCUCCGCUGAACUUGAGAUCCCCAAAAACUGGGAAAGCCACCCUAGGGUCCUCCAGGCCUCGAAAACAGGAGACGGUAAUCGGCUCAUCACCUAUUCAUAUUGUGAACUCUACAAGUCGAUCAGAAGUUAUACUGGCACAUGUGGAUCUGUUUUUUCGGAGACCCACUGACCUCGGGUUAGAGAGUCUAGGGCUGCAGUCUUUUAAUACUUGGAAACCCGUUUACUUUCCCGACCAUCUGGAGCAAGCCCCAUUACGCCGCCCCGUUGCGUUCUUGCGGAUUGUCGGAAAGCCGAGACCCGCAGCUGAGUCCGAAAGCAAGCGUGCGGAUCGACCGAGAGAAAUCGCCACCAGGCAUCAGGGUGCCUUUUUUCGCCACCAAAAGUGGAUUUCAAUCGCAAGGCUGGGGCGAGAUCAUACAGACGACAAGCAAAGCCUGGGUUGCAGACCGUCUCCGUCGAACAUGGCGCUCUCUCGCGUCCCGGGAGAUGACGAGCUCUACGUCGGUGGUAUCUUCACCUUGCGCCGUAGAGAUGCGCUGGAGAAGACGGGCAUCACCCACAUCGUCUCCGUCCUGAGAUAUGAUUUCAAGGACUUCCAGGACUGGGAGAAGUACGAGCAGCUGAGCAUCGAGGUCGACGAUGUCGACGAUGAGAACCUCCUGGUGGAGUUCGAGAAGACGGGGAGGUUUAUCGACGAUGCGCUGGAGAGUGAGAAGGAUGGCAAGAAAGGAGCAGUAUUGAUUCAUUGUGCCAUGGGCAAAUCCCGAUCCGUUACAAUCACCAUCGCCUACCUCCUUCGCAAAUACCCACACCACACCGUCAAGUCCGCACUUGAAUUGAUUAGAGAAUCUAGACCAAUCGCAGAACCCAACGAUGGCUUCAUGGCUCAACUUCAGCUCUACAAGGAGAUGAAGUGUCCACGUGACAUCGAAGCUCAUCCAAAGUACCAGAGGUGGCUGUAUGAUCAGGAAGUAGGACUGGCUCUCGCCGCUGGUAUGGCACCGGAGAGAGUCAGAUUCAGAGACGAAGAGGAGCAAGUGGAGAGCACUGGUGGAAAGGAGGUUGAGCUGCGGUGUAGGAAGUGUCGGCGUACAUUAGCGACAACCCCCUACCUCGUCGACCACCUCCCCACGCCUCAAAAAUCUCCACCGUCAGCUGCAGAAGGCCCGAUCUCCUCUCUCAUCCCAUCACUCCCUCCUGCCCCGCUCCAUAGCGCUUGCACACACCACUUUCUCCAUCCCGUGUCCUGGAUGCGGCCCGCCCUAGAGAUGGGUUUGCUGAGCGGCCGCCUGGAGUGUCCCAACCCGAAAUGUGCAGGUCAGCUUGGCCGCUACGCCUGGCAGGGUAUGAGGUGCAGCUGCGGGGUAUGGGUGUGCCCAGCAUUCAGUCUUCAAAAAGGGCGUGUCGACGAGGUCACCACGAAGGCAGAGACGGGAAGGGGCCAGGCUUCUAAGCCGGGAACUGUGGGGGGUGAAGAGCGGGGAAGAGCUGCUCAUGGUAUCAGGCUACCGCCGGGAAUGAGAGACAAGGAGAAUCUCUAG